GGCCAGUUGAUUUCGAUCUGUCGAGUGCAACGCAUGUAACUUGUUAAGUACAUCGCACUGUUUUCUUGCACAUUCAUUGCGCUCGAAAAUCUACAAACUCUAUUCACGUAGGAUUUAUAAUCAGUUCGAAAAUGUUCUGCGCGAGUGAAAUCAGCUCGUGAUACGCAAACUUCUAUAAACUGUGAGUGACGUUCGUGCUCGAACAAAAAGUAAAAUAAAUAAAGAACAAAUCAAGUAAAGUGAACAAAAGCAACGAGCAGAGAAAACGAAAGACUUUAUUCAGACAGUCUCUUCUUCCAUCUCGUGCACUCACUUUGGUGGGUCGGUUCGAUCGAUAAAUAUACGGGGUGUGUGUACGUGCACUGUCCGUCCGACAGAUAAGCAGCCAGUACGUUUUGGAAAGGUGUGCCCGAGGAAAAUUAAUCGGCGACCCACAUUUUUUUGUCCCAUACCUUCUGGUGUCAGAGUAAAAAAAAAAAAAAAAAAUACAUAAAGAUGAAGGCAAUGGUGGUGAGUCCAGUGGGCGGCAGAGUACCGCCAAGCCGAGGUAUCCUCCACAGUAGCAUCGGAAUCAACGGUACCCGCCGCGAUUUGGAGGCAGAAGAGGUAGCCGCUUAUCUGACGAAGCUGAGGUCCUUGGUUCCCGAUAUGCCGAGGAAACGGAAGUUGUCGAAGCUCGAAGUCAUACAGAGGGUGAUCGAAUACAUCUGUGAUCUUCAGACCACUUUAGAGGAGACGAACGUUCAUCACGAAUCUAAUGUGACGAAGACGACGCCGAGGCAACCCCUUCAACCAUUACUGAACGCCACGACGACCAUCCCGACGACGACGACAACGACAACGAGCACGAUGACCGGUAUGGUCGCGGAACGGUGACCUGUCUCGACGAAUCAACUCCAGUGAGGUCCACCGUGCUCGUAGAACGACGAGUCGACCUCUUGAGUUUCACCGUCGCGGCACUGCUCGUGUCUUUUUCGGGGAGUUGAAUCGAGAACUCAGGUCUUUAUAGCAAUGUUUUUUGCCGAAGUUUCGUGCUCGUCCUCGAAUGUACAGAUUUCUCGACGAUCCGGAGUACGGACGGAAAACCACCCCUCUGUCAGGUAUCGGCAGGAUGGAGGAAAUAGAUUUUAAGUAUUUUCAACCUGACAGAGAGAAGACGCAUCCAACAUCGAGGUAAUAUCGAAGAGAAGCAGGAAUGAAGACGACGAUGAAGAAGAACGAUCGAAGGCCUUAACGGCUAAUCUUAACCCCUCUUUCUUCGAGGAAAUGUAAAUACUUGUACAUAAACUCACCGCAUUCCUCGCACGAUCUCUCUCAUCUUAAUCAGCUCACUUCCUUUUAUCCUUUCCUCCCCUCGAUUCUUGUAAUCCUCUCCUAAUCCGAGCUGCGUUACACAUGUAUCGUAACGACGAUUGCGCUCCAUUUCUUUUUACGUCGAUUCUACCAUACGCCGCUGCUCCAACUUCCAUUGCAAAAUAACAUAAAGUAAAGUUUCCUUUUUUUACGUUCUGCAACAUUGAUUUCAAAUACCUAGCUCUUACGACCGGUUGAGGGUGAUAUUGGUUCGAUUUGAAACGAUGAAUUUUUUGUAUAAAGCAACAAAUGCCCUGCUAUCAGAAUGCAAAUCAGAAUUAAAAUUAUAUAGGCAUACCUUGAUCAGCGAGUCAUAAAUGGAUCACCUUCAUUUUUUAUUUUCUUUCAUAGUUUUCGCGUAGAAAAGAAGCGUUUUAUCGUCAUGUUGAACAGAGUUUAUAUUAUUUGAACUCCCCUUGUAGAUAAUAAAGCGAAUUAUUUGUAUUAUGUUUAUUAUAACAUUAAUCACAAUGUCGAUACUAUAUUAUUAUUAUUACAUGAUUAUUAUCGUUGUUAUUGCUUUUCAUAUUAUAAUUUAGAGAUUUCUCCGUAACUAUUGUAUAUUCGCGAAGACUGAAAGGCUGUAAAGUGUAAGUAUAUUUGUCGUACGAGCGAGUUACGUGCGCUCGUACGCGAAAUAAAUGCAAACUGUGUCCAUAAGA